GACUCUCGCUCUGAGUCAGAAGAGGAGGAAUCCAGCAUCAUGUUUGGAUUAAAGACUCCACACUUCUACCUCCCAGGUAUGAACCAUGAGUCCAAUAAAUCACCAUCAUUAGGAAUGAUCUCCACGGCAACUCGCACCACCGCUACAGUCAGUCCCCUCAGCCCACUAACCAAUGGGAACGCAGUUGCCCAAUCUGCAAACUCCGGAUUCGCUGCUGCCCUUCGUAAACUGGCCAAACAGGCUGAGGAUCCCAGAGGUUCUGCCCUCAGUGGUGAAUCGUCUCCAGUGUCUUCCCCGGCCACCAGCCACAGCUCGCCGGUCACCACUCCGAAGCGGGGCUCAUUAGGGCCCCUCCUGGGCCAGAGCAGGGGACACAGCGUCCCCGGCACCCCUCCCGUCGUCACUAUUGCUCCCACCAAGACCACCAACGGCCUGUGGAGGGCCGACGGCCGGCAGGUCGAGCCGAGCGUUCAGGGACUCGGUCGGGAGCGGCUGGGAGCUGAUCCUGCGCCGACGCAGCAGGAUAAAAGGACGCCCCCGGUCCAUUCUCCUCACCCGCUCGCUCACUCCUUUGGCCUCACCCCCAGCAGCAUCAUGCAAGACCCCCGAUUACAGAGCAUUAGCUUACCUGGACAGAUGCACCCUGUGGUUCCCUCGGGGGCCGUCCCAGAGGAAUACCUGAGGGCCCUCAGGCCGUUCGCCGCCUCAGAUGACCUCCGACUGAACUCUUUGCCCCUGAGUAUCGACCCUGCUGCUGCCGCCCAUGCGGCCGCCGCCGCUGCUUACUAUCACCCUGCCUACCUGCACCAUCCGCUUUCCUUACCAAGGAUGGAGGAGUCUCUGUGUCUUUCUGCGCUGCGAUCGCAGUUCUACUCUGUGCCUGGAGGUGGCGCUUUCCCUCCGCUACACCCCUCUGCCCUCCACUUGCACCUGCCCCGAGGUCGCUACCCUGGAGAGAUGAACCACACGGCGCUAUCUGAGAGGCUACAGAUGGAGAAUGAGCUCCGCCAGCGAGAGAGAGAGCAAGAGCGUGAACGAGAGAAGGAAAGGGAGCGCGAGGCCGGGCUGGAACGGGAGCGGGAGAGAGAGAGGGAGCGGGAGGAGGAGAGGGAGCGGGAGCGGGAGCGAGAGAGGGAGCUGGACAGACAGAAGGAGAGGCAGAGGGAGAGACAGCAGCAGAUGGUCAGAGCGGCGGAGAGCCACUACCUGGCUGAGCUGCAGGCUCGGAGGGCGCCAUCGGACGACAGGGCCAGGCCAGGAGAGGAGCUGACCCCAAACAGACUGGAUAAACCCAAGGAGUCGGAGCACCCGGGUUUCCCGGCACCGAAGCCUCUGUCCCUGCAGCCGGGCCUGCACCCCUCCAGAGGCGCCGUGCCACACCCUGUGCCAAGCCUGCUGCCUUCUCACAUGGGGAAGCAUCACGCCGCUGCUGCUGCCGCCGCCGCCGCUGCCGCCGCUGCUGGGGGGAUUCAUGGAGCUCUGGCAGCUGCCAUGAUGACUCAGAGGGCCAGCGAGGAGGUGUGGUUGACACGGCAACGGGGGCAAGGACAGGAGAGGGAGGGUCCUCUGGAGCUGGGCCUCCGGUCGCCAGGGAAAGGGGCGGAGCUGAAGAGAGACGGCCUCAGAAUCAAUUCGGCGUAUCACAAUGCGGGCAGCAAAGAUGCACCCAACUGCCUCGGCGCGCCGCCUCCCCUCAUCUCCCCAAAAGGCCCGCACCACCCUCCACCUCCUCCGACGACACUGUGGAACCCAGCCUCCCUGGUCGACACCCCUUCAGACUCUCGCAGAAAGAUCAGCGCUCCCACGCCACCGAUUCGACCACCUCCAGGACUGACGAGAGCCGACAGACCCCCGGCGAGCUGGGGGGAGAGGCUGGACGACGGAGGGAGGGGCGCGGCCAAAAGCCCGGACAGGUUCCCCUCGCUGAGAGGAGGGGGUUUACAGGAGUCCUGGAGCAAAGCUGAGCAGGACAGAGCCAUCCAAGGCCUCUACCAGCGCCACCACUUCAACAGCCUCCACCAGAGGUCCUGCAUGCCUCUGCCCGUCCCCGCCGCCCCCGCCGACCCGGGGUCGCGGUGCCAGGCGACCCCUCCGUCUCCGAAGAGGGAGCGACAGACGCCGGCCGCCGACAGCAUGCUGGUGUACGACGAGGUUCUCCAGCAGCACCGCCGGCUCCUCAGCAAGCUGGACCUGGAGGAGAAGAGGAGGAAGGAGGCCAGGGAGGGAGGUUAUUACUACGACUUGGAUGAGUCGUUCGACGAGAGCGACGAGGAGGAGGUGAAAGCCCACCUGAAGAGAGUGACCGAGCAGCCGCCUCUCAAGCUGGACACGUCCUCCGAGAAAGUGGAUUUUCUGCGUGUGUGUGGUCUCACCACGCUGGCCCGCCGCAACGAGCUGCUGGCUCAGAAGAGGAGGAAGAGGAGGAGGAUAAUGAAAGAGCGCAGCCUCUCUCCACCGGUCAUUCGGGGCAAGAAGAAGGCCUCUUCACCCACGGCUCCCCUAACCACCCCGUACUCUGCCGAGCAGAUGGACAGCACGCCCAGGCUGGACGAGAAAAAAGACUUCCUCCUUAUGUUCAGCCUCUCCCAUGUCAGCCCGCAACAGAGGAGAGAUAAGGAAAGGACAGAGGAGCUACUGAGGGCGAUUCAGAGGAAGACUGUGACUCUGGACACCCUCAGAUAUAACCCUUUGCCACUGUGCAGAAGCCCUCUGGCUCCCUCAGCUGUUGAUUGCUCAUCCUCAGCCCCUCAGCCGAACGAACACCUGUUACCCGAGUCUCCAAGCCCCUCGCCUCCCUACUCGCACAAACCGAAGCACCUCCCUAAUGACGCGCUCAGACCCUCUGUGGACUCCCAGCCGCCCCGGGUCCCCCCUCCUCCUCUGGCCCCUCAUCACGACAAGGUGGAAUUCUUGGAGAGUCAGUCGCACAGGAGGCCCCCGGCCCUCCAGAAUGGCGUGGCCGCGCCUCCUCAGAAGAAGGAGCCCAGUCCCGCGCAGAACGGCCGGAACCGCCCCUGGGAGAGAUUCACACCCGAGGCCUUCGCUCAGCACUUCCACCAGGCUGUGCUGCAGUCCACACAGCACAGCGCACUGCAGAACAAAGGAGUGUCAAAUUGCGUCCCCGAGGCCGGCGUGAAGGCGGAUCGCUUGCUGCCGCACGGCGUCUCCCAGCUGAAAAGUUCAAGCCUAAACCACGGCCCUCACCAUGCACACGUCAACGGCCACCACUUCCAUCCUCCUGCAGCGAGCCGGGAGGAUCCCGCACCACGAGACCACCUGUCCGAUGAAGACGACGAGGACUUUGGUCAGGAGGAGGACGAGGAGGAGGGGGAGGAGCUGGAAGAGGCUCCAAGGAAGUGGCAAGGCAUUGAAGCUAUUUUUGAGGCCUAUCAGGAGUAUGUAGAUGAGUGGAGUAUAGAGAGGCAAGUUCUUCACAGUCAGUGCAAGAGACUUGAAGCUCAGAACUACAAUCUGACCAAAACUGCAGAGCAGCUCUCUCUAACUAUGGGGGAGCUGGUGAGCCAGAGGCAGAAAGUACGGGAGGAGAGAGAGCGACUGCAGGCCCAGCUCGAGCACUUCAGGAGAUGUCUGACACUACCCAACAUUCACUGGGGCAGGGGCCAAGUCAACGGCCACACGCCGAGGUGACCUCUGACGCCGGCUCUUUGACAGCGAACAGACGAUAAGAAGAAGAGGAAGAACGUGGACCGGAGCCCGAACACUCUCUGCCCUCAAAGCACUUGGAGGAGGCAACAGCUGUCUUGAUCUGGCCCAUCAGUAAUACUGAUCGAUAGAUUUAAUUUAUUACCUGCCAUUUUUUUGCCACGUUAACCUUAAUCAAAUGGAUCCCUGCAGUCUGGGCAGUAAGUGUCUGAUUCUGCAUGUGGAUGUAAUCUUUCAACACUAACCUCUCCUCCUACCUGAGUUGGCUUUAAAGACUCUCCUCCUCUUAGUUCGUAUCAGUUUGGAUUCUUGGGUCAAACAACAGUCAUGAUGUGAGGCACAGAUCUGUAGCCCGACCGAGAAGCAGCAGAGAAGAGAGUCCAGGCAGGCAGCGGCCACCCGCUCGGUCCUCGGUGAAUACAAAUGGAGUCAAGGAAUCAAAGCACACCUCAGGCCUUAAACUUGACAGGAUGCACUUGAAUUUGACUUGGAGGAAAUACUUGACCUUCCUCUCUCUGUAUGAUGUAAUGUUUUAGUGUCUACUGUACUGUAUGUGACAGAUGAAGGCGUGUGUGUGUGUGUGUGUGUGUGUGUGUGCGCGCGCGCAUGUGUGUGCGAGAGAGAGAGAGAGAGUGAACGUGUGUGUGCUGGCUCUACAGAGAAUAGGAAGCAUCUAAAAUAUCUAUAUAUCAGCAGAUGGUAUCAAUAAUUUUUUUAGCUGAGGAUUUUCCAUUGGUAACGUCACUUGUGAUAGAUGAAGAGUUUUGUAUGUUUGAUUGCUUUAACCAUUUCCUGUGGGAAGCCAUAAGUUUUGUUGGAAUUGCUGCUGGUCAGAAUUAAAAUGUUUAGGGAAUCGAGGACUUUAGCACUGUUGUGUUUGGCAGAAACGCGCCGCGUGACGGCAAAAUGUUUGGAGACACUGGAGGUGGACAGAUGUCAGUCGUUCCCACGAGGUUUAUCAAGGAAACUAUGUCCUCAACACUUCAAGUACUUGUAAAUGUUGACGAGAGAAGGGUACAAGUCUCUGAUUGCCCUUUUUCUAGUUUCACACAAAAAAACCUCAGAUCAGAAUCGGUUCAGUAAAACAUGGUACUUUCAGACAUUUUGCUCUCACCCACCUGAUUUUAGUUAAAAAAAAACAAACAAAAAAAACAGGCCCAAUCAUCAUUUAGUCCCAUUUUCGGACUGACUGUCAGAGCUAAUAAACACAAACAUUUCUUUUGAGGCUUGAAACAAUCCUCAAACUGUUUAUGUGAGACAUAAACAUUUGAGGGACACAAUAUUCUACUGUGGAUGUCAAUAAACUACACUUCAUACUGUCUUUAUAUGGGCUUUUCUUCAAGCUUGAACAAUGUCAGAUUUCUACUUUGUUUCCGUCUGAAUGAUAUUUUUACAAGCACAACCUACGGUAGCAAUCUCUUCCCCCCAGUUGACCCAACCAGUCACCUGCUCAGUCUCCUCUAAAGCCUUUGCUGUGAAAUCCUGCAUAUUUGCUUCAAUUGGUUGUUCUGUAAUGUAUUAUUUGGGCUGUAUAAUUGCAAUGAAUUAUUUAUUAACAUAUAUUGCUGUAUAUUUGGAUGGAAAUUUACAUUAAAAUAUUUGUAAAACU